GGCGGCGGCUCUGGGUCCACUCAGCGCAUCCUGCUCUGCGAGGCAGACACGAGGGUAGAGGGAAUGUCCCUCUUCCUGGCUCUGGGCCUCCUGGUGGCUGGACUCUGCUCCAGGGUCCACUGCGUCCCAGCGGAUGACCCUGCCUCAAAGAUUGUGACCCUGAAGGACCAGAUCAAGAAGCUGCCAGCGCACAACACCGCCGUCGUCUCCAGCAACACCGACUUCGCCUUCAGCCUCUACAAGCAGCUGGCUCUGACGAACCCGCAUGAGAAUGUCAUCUUCUCCCCGCUGAGCGUCUCCAUGGCCUUGGCCUUCCUGUCUCUGGGGACCCAAGGCCCCACCCUGACAGAGCUCCUGGAAGGCCUCAAGUUCAACCUCACAAAGACCCCCGAGGCAGAAAUCCACCAGGGCUUCCAGCACCUCCUGAGCACGCUCGACAGCUCGAGUAACCUGCUGCAGCUGAGGUUGGGCAAUGCCAUGUUCAUUGAUGAGCAGCUGGAGCUGCUGGACAAGUUCGUCCAAGAUGCCCAUGAGCUGUACCACUCCGAGGCCUUCUCCACUAACUUCCAGGAUUUAGAAGCUGCCAGGAGACUCAUUAAUGACUAUGUGAAGAAUAAGACCGAGGGAAAAAUUGUGGACUUGUUCAAGAAGCUUGACUCACUCACCAAGGUGGUCCUGGUGAACUACAUCUACUUUAAAGCCAAGUGGAAGACACCCUUCAAUCCCAACUUAACUACGGAGGCAGAUUUCCACGUGAGCAAGAACAGGACGGUGAGGGUGCCCAUGAUGGGCAUUAGGGCCCUGACCGUGCCAUACUUCCGGGACGAGGAGCUGGCCUGCACGGUGGUGGAGCUCCCGUACACCAGCAACGACAGCGCGCUCUUCAUCCUCCCUGACGACGGCAGGAUGGCGGCCGUGGAAGCCAAGCUGCUCCCGGAGACGCUGAGGAGGUGGAGAGACUUCCUGCAGCCCAGAUGGAUCGUUGAACUUUACUUGCCAAAGUUUUCCAUCUCCAGCGACUACAGACUGCAUGAGAUCCUUCCCCAGCUGGGCAAUGAAAUCUUUGGCGACAAUGCUAACCUGUCAGGAAUCACAAAUACCAAGUUGAAAGUUUCCCAGGUGGUCCACAGCGCUGUGCUUGACGUGAACGAGGAGGGCACAGAAGCGGCUGCCGCCACCGGAAUCGACAUUAACGUCAGGUCCCUGGAAAGAAUCGCUCUGCACUUCAACAGGCCCUUUCUGUUUGUCAUAAUCAGCAAAGACAUCCAGAGCGUCAUCUUUCUGGGCAAAGUCACCAAGCCCUAGAGCUCCCCUCCGAGUGGCGAGACCCUCCGAAACGAGCUGGGCACCUCAUUCUGGGCACCUCACCUCUGGCUACCUGGCCCCACCUUUCAUCCUUGAGGAGGUACAGUCACCCUCUGGAGGCGCCACACGCCCAGGGAGUCUGUGCCCUGCUCCGCGGAGGCUCUGAGACCUCGCACAGCAAUAAA